AUGAAGGACAAAUUUUACGAGGAUUAUGAAUCCUACCUUCGCUUUAGUCCCGACGUGAAUGAGUUUAAAAGAGCUCCCUUCGAUGAAAUGUGGGCUCAUCACGAACCACGCGUUAUUGAAGAUGCUUCCCAGUUCGACGGAGUACCAAUAGACCACGUCCGUGAUCAUUUCAAAGCCUGGGUAACCGAGCAAGGGAAGGUCGAUAGCUUUCCUAGCUACCGUAUGUUUAUUAUGAUUGACAAGGAAAGUUUUCAGACUUUACAGAACGCUCCACUUCCAGAGAACUUGCCACCAAGACCAGAAGACAUACAGCGUCAUUAUGUGAAAGUCAUCGAGGCACCGGAGGAAGACCCCGUGCCGCCAUUUCCAGGGUGGAUAAAGUGCUCCCUACCUAAAAUGUUUAGCGUGUGGUCGGAUAUGCAGGAAAUGGGUUAUCUGGAAGACAGCUACUCGCUGAGAUCCGCCAGCACAGAUGUUCUAUGA